CCCACUGGUGCCCGCGCUGCGGCGGUGGCUGGGGGCGCUAGGAGCGGGGGCCGUGCGCUCCGCACCUGCGGAGGCCGCCGGGCGAUGAUGCCUGAACGCCGGCCCAGGCCGCCGGCGUUCUGAGGCUAAGGACAGCGCCCGCCCCGGGGAUGCCCUUCUCGCUGCUGGCCCUGGCCAUGUCGUCGUCCUUCUUGAACCCCAGCUUUGCCUUCAGCUCCCACUUCGACCCGGACGGUGCCCCACUCAGUGAGCUGUCCUGGUCAUCAUCCCUCGCUGUGGUGGCUGUGUCCUUCUCUGGGCUUCUCACUGUCAUCGUCCUCAUGUUGGCCUGUCUGUGCUGUAAGAAGGGCGGCAUUGGGUUCAAGGAGUUUGAGAAUGCUGAAGGGGAUGAGUAUGUGGCCGACUUCUCGGAGCAGGGCUCCCCGGCUGCAGCUGCGCAGAACGGCCCCGAUGUGUAUGUCCUGCCCCUCACGGAGGUCUCCCUGCCGAUGGCUAAGCAGCCGGGUCGCUCAGUGCGACUUCUCAAGUCUGCGGACCUGGGCCGGCACAGCCUCCUGUACCUAAAGGAGAUCGGCCAUGGCUGGUUUGGAAAGGUAUUCUUGGGGGAGGUGCACUCGGGCGUCAGUGGCGCGCAGGUGGUGGUGAAGGAGCUGAAGGCCAGCGCCAGUGUGCAGGAGCAGAUGCAGUUCUUGGAGGAGGCGCAGCCCUACAGGGCCCUACAGCACAGCAACCUGCUUCAGUGCCUGGCCCAGUGUGCUGAGGUGACCCCCUACCUGCUGGUUAUGGAGUUCUGUCCGCUGGGGGACCUCAAAGGUUAUCUCCGGAGCUGCCGGGUGACAGAGUCCAUGGCGCCUGACCCCCUGACUUUGCAGCGCAUGGCAUGCGAGGUGGCAUGUGGGGUCUUGAAUUUACAUCGUCAUAACUACGUUCACAGUGACCUGGCCCUGAGGAAUUGCCUGCUAACGGCUGACCUGACGGUGAAGGUUGGUGACUACGGCCUGUCACAUUGCAAAUACAGGGAAGACUACCUCGUCACUGCUGACCAGCUGUGGGUGCCCCUGCGCUGGAUCGCACCUGAGCUGGUGGACGAGGUGCACGGCAACCUGCUGGUGGUAGAUCAGACCAAGACCAGCAAUGUGUGGUCCCUGGGUGUGACCAUCUGGGAGCUCUUUGAGUUGGGUGCGCAGCCCUACCCCCAGCACACGGACCGGCAAGUUCUGGCUUACGCAAUCCGAGAACAGCAGCUUAAGCUGCCUAAGCCGCAGCUGCAGCUGACUCUAUCUGAUCGCUGGUACGAGGUGAUGCAGUUCUGUUGGCUGCAGCCAGAGCAGAGGCCCACGGCAGAAGAGGUUCACCUGCUGCUGUCCUACUUGUGUGCCAAGGGCACCACGGAGUCGGAGGAGGAAUUUGAGCGGCGCUGGCGCUCCCUGCGGCCUGGGGGCAGCGCCAGCCUGGGGCCGGGCUCCAGUGGCCCAGCGGUUGUCCCUGCUGAGCUCACUGCUGCCUCGUCUUUCCCGCUGCUGGAGCAGUUCACCAGCGACGGCUUUCACGUGGACAGUGAUGACGUGCUGACAGUAACCGAGACGAGCCACGGCCUCAACUUCGAAUACAAGUGGGAGGCUGGCUGUGGCGCCGAGGCAUUCCUACCCGCGGGGGGUGCGCCCAGCCCAGGCUCCCCAGCACGCCUGCAGGAGCUGUGUGCACCCGACAGCUCGCCACCGGGGGUGGUGCCUGUCCUCAGUGCCCACAGCCCCUCAGUGGGUAGUGAGUAUUUCAUCCGCCUAGAGGGGACGGUGCCCGCUGCUGGCCAUGAUCCAGACUGUGCCGGCUGUGUUCCCGGCCCCCACGCCGUGGUCGACCAAGAUGACAACUCGGAGGAGAGCACCACUGCUUCUCCCCUCGCCAUGGAGCCACUGCUGGGCCACCCACCUCCUGCCGGAGGACUGUGGGGCCCCUGCGACCACCACUCACGCAGGAGGCAAGAGCCGCCCUGCCCCUCACGCUCGCCUUCCCCUGGGACCCCGAUGCUGCCGGCUGAAGAUGUAGACUGGGGUGUGGCCACGUUCUGCCCACCCUUCUUCGAUGACCCACUGGGUGCAUCUCCCUCUGGGAGUCCCGGGGCCCAGCCCUCCCCCAGUGAUGAGGAGCCGGAGGAGGGAACGGUGGGGAGGGCGGCUCAGUGUGGACCCUGGAGCUCUAACACGUCAGCCAACAACAACAGUGGCAGCCGGGACCCGGAAUCCUGGGAUCCUGGCUACGUGAGCAGCUUCACCGACAGCUACAGGGAUGACUGCUCCAGCCUAGAGCAGACCCCGCGGGCCUCCCCUGAGCUGGGCCACGCCCUGUCCCAGGAGGAUCCCAGAGAAUUUCUGCCCGGGCUGGUAACAGCCUCCCCUGGUCAGGAGCCAAGCCGCUGUUUCAGCCUGCUUCCUCUGUGUCCUGCCAAAGGCCUGGCACCUGCCGCCUGCCUCAUCACCUCCCCCUGGACAGAGGCGGCAGUGGGCGGGGAUGGCGACCCCCAUGUGGAACCCAAACUUGCCCAGGAGGCUGAGGGCUCCGCUGAGCCCCACCUACCCCUUCCUUCUAUUCCCUCCCCAUCCCACGAAGGGGCCUCGCUUCCCUCAGAGGAGGCAAGUGCCCCCGACAUCCUGCCUGCCUCCCCCACACCCACUGCUGGCAGCUGGGUGACUGUUCCUAAGCCGGCCCCCACCCUGAAUAGCAGCUUCGGUUCUCUGGGGGAAGAGGCGCCCAGCAGUGAGGACGAGGACACAACUGAGGCCACGUCAGGAGUCUUCUCCGACCUGCCCAGCGACGGCCCACAUGCUGAGAAGCCAGGCAUGGUACCAGCCUUGCGCUGUCUGCAGAGGCAGGUGGGGACCCCUGACUCCCUGGACUCUCUGGACAUCCCGUCCUCAGCCAGCGAUGGUGGCUGUGAGGUCCUGAGCCCGUUGGCUGCUGGUCCGCCUGGUGGCCAGCCCCGUGCCAUGGACAGUGGCUAUGACACAGAGAACCAUGAGUCUCCCGAGUUUGUGCUCAAGGACGCCCAUGAAUCCACUGAGCCUGAGGCCUUCGGCGAGCUAGCCUCAGAGGGUGAGAGCCCCGGGCCCGAGACUCUGCUCUCUGCCUCCCUCGGUGGCCUCAGCAGGAAGAACCCCUACCGAGACUCUGCCUACUUCUCGGACCUGGACGCGGAGUCCGAACCCACUUUUGGCCCUGAGAAGUGCAGUGUGGUCCAGGACCUUCAGAAGGAACAAGAUCUGAAGAGCCCACCUAGCCCAGGGCAACAGUCUGGACAGGUUUUCCCCAGGCUAGAGGUGCCCAGCGAGGUGCUGCCCACCCCACAGCAGCCAGAGGAGCCCUUGCCAGAUAGCCCCAGGCCAGAGCCUCUUGGGGCUCAAGGCCCAGUUGAGGUGCAGCCUGUGCCUGGUCCUUCCAAAUGUUUCCUGCUGACCUCAGUCCCACUGAGCUCAGAAGGCGAUGGCGUGGAGUCCCAGGGUCCCCCAGGACAGUCGUCAGGGCCAGCCCAGCUGGGGCGGAUGGGGAGUCCUAGCACACCCAGAUCUCCGCUUAGCCUGGCCCUGCCUGGCCGCUCUGGAGCUUUGGAGGGCCGGCCAGAGGACGAAGAGGACAGCGAGGACAGCGAUGAAUCUGAUGAGGAACUCCGGUGCUACAGCGUCCAGGAGCCCAGUGAGGACAGCGAGGAGGAGCCGCCAGCUGUGCCUGUGGUGGUGGCCGAGAGCCAGAGCGCCCGGAAUCUGCGCAGCUUGCUCAAGAUGCCCAGCCUGCUGUCGGAGGCCUUCUGUGAGGACCUGGACCGCAAGAAGAAGGCUGUGUCCUUCUUUGAUGACGUCACGGUCUACCUCUUCGACCAGGAGAGCCCCACCCGAGAGCCAGGGGAACCCUUCCCCAACACGAAGGAAUCGCUCCCCACGUUCCUGGAGGGUAACCCCAGCUCACCCAGUGCCCCUGGCCUGCCGCGGCGGCCUGACCACUUGCCAGACAGCAAGACUCCUGAACAGGGCAGCAGGUUCGAAUGGGAUGAUGGUUUCCCGCUGGUGCCUGGCAAGGAUGCUUUGGUGACGACGGCGCUGGACCCUGUGGACCCUGUCCUGGCCACGCCUCCCACGCCAGCCACGCCUUUCUCACGGUUCAAGGUGUCACCCACACCUGCCUCCCGCUUCUCCAUCACUCACGUAUCCGACUCAGAUGCCCAGUCGGUGGGAGGCCCAGCGGCAGGUGCUGGGGGCCGAUACACAGAGGCUUGAGACCCAGGUGGUUCCACCGUUUGGAGGCUGGUGUCACUGGAGCCCCUGCCGUCCUGUCCCAGCAGCAACAAGGACGAUGACUGGGAACGAAUGGGGACCAUCGGCACCCCACAGCAUCCCGGAGAAGCAGGUGGAUGGGAGGCCCGUAUCUAGCCCUGGACGUGUUGGGCUGUGCACCUCCUCUGUGCUGCCCUGAUGGCA